AACCGAUGGUGGUCUUGUUUUCUAAAUGGAAGCAUCCGAUGAUGGUGGUCUUGUUUUCUUUGUUCAUCCAAAUGGAACCAUACAACCCAAAGUGUUGCUAGAAAAGCUUUUAAGAGAGGGUUGGAAGAGAAAUUAUCAAUUUAGGAGUCUACAAAAGCAACGGUUGAUUUCUGGGUGAAGGACAUAGUGAGAACAGAGAUCAUUCAUGGUAAUUCUGAAGUAAUUCUCUGCAAUCGGGAGUUCCAUAUCAUUAUUUGCAAUGGACGUAGAAGAAGGCGACGCUGGUGGUUCUCCAGUGGCUUCAGAACCUGCCAUUGACGCAGUCUCUGAACGAGACAAAGAUGUAGCAGAUAAAGAAACCGGAGAGGUUCAAGAUGAGAUUCAGGGUGAAGCUGAUGAUGAUGAAGCUGAUGAUGACGAAGAUGAGGACGACGAUGAGGAAUAUGCGUUUAGGUUCAAAAGUGGGACAAACCCUUUGGAUUUUGUGGGGGAUGAUUCUUCUGGGGUCCAACUUUAUCAACAAUUUGAGCGCCUUGAGUAUGAAGCUCUGGCUGAGAAGAAGCGCAAAGCACUUGCAGAUAGCCAGGGUGAAAGAUUAGCAAAGAAGGCCAGGCAAGAGGAUAUUCCUGAAGCCGCUAUGGAUGUAAUAAUGGAAGCCAUGAAUUGUGGCAGUCGAAGAAAAUCAAGGAAGCCUAAAAAACGAGGUAGGAGAAAAGGUUCCAAGAAUAAACUCAGCCCUGAAAUUUCACGUAUGCUUGGUAAUGCCACGCUUCACUAUGCACAUGGUCGCCACAAAGAGGCUAUAUCCAUUUUGAAUGAAGUUGUAAGGCUAGCGCCAAAUUUGCCUGAUUCAUACAAUAUGCUUGGACUAGUGUAUAAAGCACUUGGCAAUCAUAAAAUUGCCUUUGAAUUCUAUAUGCUCGCUGGACUUCUUAAACCGAAAGAUUCAUCUCUGUGGAAGUUGCUUCUUUCCUGGUCCAUAGAGCAAGGGAAUGUUAGUCAAACUUGCUACUGUCUUUCUAAAGCAAUUACCGCAGAUCCUAAAGAUAUUGACCUGAGAUUUUAUCAAGCAUCAUUGUAUGCUGAUCUUGGAGAUUAUAAGAAAGCUGCUGAGUCAUAUGAGCAAAUUCAACAACUCUCUCCUCAGAAUGUUGAAGCGUUGACAAGUGGGGCAAAGUUAUACUUAAAAUGUGGUCAAGUGGAACAUGCCAUUGAUAUUUUGGAGGACUAUCUCAAAAGUUGUCCAUCUGAAGCUGAUUUGAGUGUGGUUGAGCUGCUUGUUGCUAUUCUGAUGGAAAUUAAGGCAUAUGAGAGAGUUCUUAAACAAAUUGAGCAUGUCCAGACAGUUAUUUAUUCAGGGAAAGAACUGCCACUGAAAUUGAAAGCUAAAUCUGGAAUAUGUUACCUUCACCUAGGAAAUAUGGAGAAGGCAGAGAUCCUUUAUGAUGUGUUGGAAGUUGGCAGAGCAAAUGAUCAUAAAGAUUUGAUUACUGAGGUUGCAGACUCAUUCAUGAGUCUUGGCUAUUUUAGCUCUGCAUUGAAGUUUUAUCAUGCUUUGGAGAUAGAUGAUGGACUUGACAAGGGAAAUUUGCAUCUGAGAAUUGCUCAGUGUUACUUAUCCUUGAAAGAAAGAGAAAAAGCCAAGGACUUCUUUUACAAAGCUCUGCAUGGACUUGAAGAUAAUAUUGAAGUCCGUUUAACUUUGGCUACACUACUUCUUGAAGAUGCUAAAGAAGACGAAGCAUUUCCUUUAGUAUCUCCUCCGGAUAACUCAGAAGGUGUUAAUCUGAAUUCUGAUAAAUCCAAACAAUGGUGGGUUGAUCCAAAAAUAAAAUUUAAGCUUUGCCAGGUUUAUAGAGCCAAAGGGAUGACCAAGGAGUUUGUUGAUACAAUUCUACCUUUGGUUCGUGAAUCACUUCUUGCUGAAAACUACUGGCGUCGACACAAGAUUAAGGUGAAGAAAAGGCUAACAGAAAGCGUUUUGAAUCAAAGAGUUAAGAAGGUGGAUUGUUUUCAAAGUGAUGGUGUGAUUCGUGGGUCAAUAUCCUCAGCAACUCCAUCAGACAGGUUAAAAGCUUCUAGGGCAAAGAAAUUACUUCAAAAGAAAGCAGCUUUGAAGGAAGAAAAGAAAGCAGCAGCAAAAGCUGCUGGAGUUGAUUGGCAUAGUGAUAAUGAUAAUGAUAAUGAUGAACCUCAGGAGGAACCACCUAAAGAGGCUCCUCUGCCUAAUCUUCUGAAAGAUGAGGAGCAUCGUUGCCUUAUCAAAGAUUUAUGCAAGGCAUUGGCAUCUUUGCAAAGGUAUUAUGAGGCAUUGGAGAUAAUCCAGCUUACAUUGAAGUUGUGUCAAAACACUUUGCCUGCAGAGGUGGAAGAGUUUCGGUCACUUGGAGCUCAAAUGGCAUACAGCACUAUGGAUCCCAAGCUUGGGUUUGAGUAUGUAAAACACAUUGUUUCGAAGCAUCCUUACAGCUUUGCUGCUUGGAACUGUUAUUACAAUGUAGUUUCGAGAUUCUUAAGCCAUCCAAAAUGGGGGAAGAUUUAUUCUAAGUUUCUGCGUCAUAUGAGGGGAAAAUGCAAAGACUCAGUUCCAGCCACUCUCAUUGCUGGGCAUCAGUUUACCAUGGGUAGCCUUCAUCAAGAUGCCGCAAGAGAAUAUCUUGAAGCAUAUAAAAUGUUGCCAGAAAAUCCAUUAAUUAAUUUAUGCGUUGGAACUGCAUUGAUCAACUUAUCCCUUGGAUUUAGACUCAAAAACAAACAUCAGACUAUUGCCCAAGGCUUGGCAUUCCUCUAUAACAAUUUGCGACUUUGUGAGAACAGCCAGGAGGCAUUAUAUAACAUUGCCCGAGCAUGCCAUCAUGUUGGACUUGUGACCCUGGCAGCUUCAUAUUAUGAAAAGGUGCUUCAAACUCCUGAGAAGGAUCACCCAAUCCCAAAACUUCCCAAUGAAAGCUGGGACGUGGCGGAGAAUCAGCUUCAACAUGGUUACUGUGACCUUCGCAGGGAAGCAGCUUUCAAUUUGCAUUUGAUCUACAAAAAGAGUGGAGCAGUGGAUUUGGCAAGGCAAAUCUUGAAAGACCAUUGCACCUUUUGAUUUACUGUCAUUGACAAUUGAGAAAGACUGGUAAAUUUUCCUUUUAGUAAAAUGCAAAUACUCUGAUGUUAUUAUAUAUUAAUACAUAUAACCAUUGUUG